AUGGUCAAGAUCGAACCUCACAAUCCGGAAAGCUUUUUCCUCUCCUUACAUUCCACUACACAAAUCUACAUUCCCAUUUUCCAACGCAAGUUCUGUUGGCUUCCCAAAUAUGUAACAACUUUGUGGAACAAUAUUUGCAAGAGCUCAUCCAUGAAUGGUCAUCAUAUCGGAAAGAUCUUUCUUCAACAACAUCAGACAUACACGGCAACUACUUUGAUUGGAUCUUCCGCCCAUUCUCCAUGUUCCACUGAUCUCUCUUGUAUUGAUGGACAACAAAGACUUUCUACUCUCAUGAUUUGUCUAUGUGCGAUGAGAGAUUUGAUUCUUGAAGAAGAAGAAACAUUUCGUAUGCCUGAAAAUGAAAAGUCCUCACCACACAAACAGUAUCUACACGACAUGCUCAACAAAUUGCACCGAAUACUAUUUGUGAACGCGGAAAAACAUGCUCUGAAAGGUCCAGUUCAAUUUCUUGAAGAAUUAUCGAAUACACAACAGUUACUGAACUCGACUCGGGAACAGCAAUCAGAAUGGUUCCUUCGUAUGAAACAACACUCACGAUUAGUUCCAAGUCGUGAUGACAGAAAGACCUUUUUUGCAGUCUUGAUUGGACUCUCUCGCUUUUCCAGUCUCAAAGAAGGAAAUUUCAAUCCUUGGAUUCUCUUUGCAUAUCAUUUCUUUUACAAUGCAAUCAAGAAGGAUUUAAAUCGAUUUCCCUCAAAGAAAAUAGAGCGUUUACAAUCCUUUCACAUGACUCAUGUGCUUCAACAUGUACGAUUUGUGACAGUGGAAUAUCAGCAAAAUGAAAUGAACGCACAAGAACGUUUCAAAGAUCUCUAUCACACCGGAAAAGCAAAUCAAAUUUUGUUUUUCAUCAAAACACCAGGUAUUGAUUUAGCUCAAUCAGAUUUAAUCAAAAACCAUGUCUUGUCUCUUUUCAAAACAGAAGAGAAACAGUUUGAAAUGUAUGAAAAGUAUUGGUUACCUAUGGAACGAAGAUUUUGCACAUUUGAAAACAUUUCCUUGAAUGCAAAUGAUGGUGGAUCCUCACUUUCAACAGUAGUAGACGCUUCCUAUGCAACAUUGGAAACAUUACAAAGUAGAGAAUUGGAUAUAUUUAUUGAAUGGUUUGUGUUUAAUGUGAAACACUCAGAGCAUAAUGAAGAUCUCCAAAACAAAUACAAAAAAUUUCAACAACAAAAAGAACAGUCUCAACAGUUGCCUCUCAUCAUGCAAUUAGGAAUGUACUCCUCAGGAACAGAACCAAGUUUGUUUAAUGAAUUCAUUGCCACUCUAUUUCCAUCCUCAACGAGUGUAGAGGAGAGCCAUGUGGAAGAGGUACUUGCUCGAAUGCUCAAAUCGUUGGAUGACUUUUUCAUGACACUCCAUCGUGCACAAGAAGAGUUGUCACGAACAAUCUGA